AUGCAGCCGGGACGCAAUAACAUGCGACCACUCAAGAUCGUCGUUGUGGGGGACGGAACAGUCGGGAAGACCUGUUUAUUGAUAACGUAUACUUCCGGGAGUUUCCCGGACGGACCAUACAUUCCUACCGUAUUCGAUAACUACGCGGGGACGCAUGAACUUCGUGGUGAAACAAUCAACGUCAAUUUAUGGGACACUGCCGGCCAGGAGGAUUACGAGAGACUACGGCCUCUAUCUUAUCCAGGGACGGACGCAUUCAUCCUCUGCUUCAGCGUGAGCUCAAAAACGUCACAUGACAACGUCAUCCACAAAUGGUUCCCAGAGGUUCGGCACCACUGCAGGGGUGUGCCCUUCAUACUCGUGGGCACUAAAAACGACCUUCGAACCUCGCUGAAACACCGUUCGACAGAGAGUCUGAACUUGGAACGAUCUGAGAUGGAAUUUGUCGACCGACGCACUGCCAAGAGGACGGCUAAAAAACUCGGAGCUCGAUGCUACGUAGAGUGUUCGUCCAAAGAGCUCCAGGGUGUACAUGAGGUAUUCGAGCAGGCCAUUUUGUCCGCGAUUGAACCGCCACCUGUUAAGAAACGAUGUACGAUCCUGUGAAGCCGUAUCGCUCACGCGGUCUCAUCCUCCUCGUCAGAGCAUCCAAAAAGCACAAAAAGAUGAGCAGGAUCAGGACACGCGGAAACUAGGCAUGAAUUCGGAGUCAACUGGACGAGAGGCGGAAAGAAUCAGAAUCUAGGCGCAUUGCUCUUUCGACUUGAUUGAUGUCUCGGACCCGGAAAGUCUCCGGAAAUUCCCAAUUGUGUUCUCAUAAAGACUGUGAUGAUCUGAGUGGGUCCGCCUCUGUUGAAUGAAAUCGAUACUGUAGAAAGACGAGGAAUAAAUGA